AUGCCCCGCGGUCACGGGACGGGGGCUGGCGGUGGCAGCGGGGCCCGCGGGGCAGCUCCGGCUCCCUCGACAGCGAAGGCAGCUUCGCUGGCGGACACGGCCACGUCUCGGCGCGCGGUUCUGGCUCCACCGGCAGCGGAGACGAAUCAGAAGAAACAGGGCAAAGUGGUGAAAGGCGAGUGGAAGCCGGGACAGGGCAUCGUGGAGCUGCAGACCCCUGCGGGGAAGUUCUGGCACACCAUGGGGUUCUCGGAGCGUGGCAAGCAGUGCCUGCUGCCCGAGGAAGCGCUCUAUCUGCUGGAACGCGGUUAUGUUCAGCUCUUCUACAGAGAUGUGCCCUUGUCCAUCCAGGAAGCCUAUGAGAUCCUGCUGGCUGACGAGGCAAUGAGCCUGCCGCGCUACCAGGUAUUCAGCCACCUGAAGCAACUGGGUUAUGUUGUACUGAGAUUCAACCCCAGCGCUGUUCUGUCACCCUACGAGAGGCAGCUGAACCUGGAGAGUCACUGCCAGCCCUCUGGGAAGCAGCACCGCAAGAGGAGGAGGAGUUCCAGCCCUCGGUCACAAGAGAAGAAACACAAGGUAUCUGAGGGCCUUCCAGAAGCUGAGGGGACCUCUGAAAUGGCUGGUGAGGGCUGUGGAGACUCCAGCUGCCUCCCCAUGGAUGAGACCCCUUCGUUAGAGCAGCCAAAGGAGUCAGGGGCUGACAGUGGAGGGGCAGAGCUGGUCCCAGUUUCUCCUGACACAGGGCAAGAGAAGGAUUCUCUGAGCCCCUCCAGGAGUCGGGCUGGGGAGCACAGGAGGGGCAGCCCUGGCACCCGCGCACCCCGCUGGGAUUUUACCACCAUCAUGUUGCCAAAUGUGGCCCCAGACCAGCUGUGCACGCGCCUCCCCUCACCCGACAAGGAGCUCCUGCCAGAGAACGUGCCUGGGAGGGAGGUUGAUGCCGCUUCCUGGUGCACACGCAUCAAUCAGAAGCAUGAGAAGCUGUCACGAAAGGAAAGGGAGCAGCUGGAGAGGGAGAGCAGGUACAAGAGCAGCGUCAACGCGGACAGGGAGGUGAGGGGCUGCUCCAACUGGCAGGAGUACAAAGCUCUCCUGGAGCAGAGGAGGCAGCACAAGGUUUGGAGCCGACUGCCGCAUCUCUGGGACCAAGCUGUCACUCCACUCCUGCGGCCAGAUAAAGCCACCUCCUCAGCUGCAGUGCUCCAGCAGAUCAGUGUGCUACAGCCCUCCCACAUCCUGGAUGGAGCCUCCCGGCUGCAGGAGGACACAGAGGGCAUCACGAUAGACUUCAACGUGUAUCAAGCAGAUGCCGUGGCCAAGUUUAAGAAGACGAACCCUGGAAAGCCCUAUGUCAGGAUGUGUGUACGGAGCUUUGAUGAAGAGAUUCCAUCCCUCCGAGCUUUGAAGCAGGUCACGUACCAGAGCGGGGACGUCCCGGUGGUCUUUGCGCUGGUGGACUAUGGAGAAAUUGCCUUUUAUUCGCUCAAGGAUUUCAAGCUACCAGUUGAUGUUAAUGACUGAAACUGCUGUCAAGUGCAGAAAUGAUGUGGGGUGAAGG